CCCGAGAGCAGUUGCGGUGGGGCGGAGAGCGUGACUCGGCCGCUCCGGCGCCGCCUGUUCCCGCCGCUCAUCUCACCGCCACCGCGCAGCCAUGUCCGAGGAGAAGCCCAAGGAGGGAGUGAAGACAGAGAACGACCAUAUCAACCUGAAGGUGGCAGGGCAGGACGGCUCGGUGGUGCAGUUCAAGAUCAAGAGGCACACCCCACUGAGCAAGCUGAUGAAGGCCUACUGUGAGAGGCAGGGCUUGUCUAUGAGACAGAUCAGAUUCAGGUUUGACGGGCAGCCAAUUAAUGAAACAGACACUCCCGCACAGCUGGAGAUGGAAGACGAGGAUACCAUUGAUGUGUUCCAACAGCAGACAGGAGGCACAGCUUCCCAAGGGACCGUCUGCACACCCUCCCAUCGUCCCUGCAUUUGCUAUUGAAUGGUGAGCGUGUGACCAUACCAAACACAGAAGAGUCUGCAGGAGCCAAGGACAGUCACUGAAAUGAUUCUCCUCUCUCUGAAGCACUUUGAGGACAACUCAAAACUGUCUCUGCAGGGAUGGGGCUGCAGCUUAAGUCGGGCCAAUCAGAUUGUUUUCUUCGUUUAGGUGAAAUGAGUUGUGAGGUUUUGGGUUUGUUUUGUUUUCAUUUUGUUCCCUUCUUCUCCCAGAUAAUUUUUUCCCUCAAAAUUGGGACUGAAUGUUGGCUCUCAUUCUAUGGCCAGGCUCUAACCCUGGGUACUGUCCUAAUCAGAGAGAGAGCCCGUGUUCACCAGUGGGCAUGUCUGUGGGACAGCUGUGGGGGGGCAGAAUUCCAAUUUAAUAUUUGUUAAAGACACAGGAUGUUAAAAUGCUAAAUAUUGCAAAUUUAAGCUUUGUCAAGUAUAUGGUAAAGUUAAAGGGAAAACACCAGAUGUUUCUUUGAAGGUAAAAACAGGUCCUUCAGUAACAAGGCCUCGAUACUCCUGCUUUGGAGCGAGUUUCCCAGGACCCAAGGCCCAGGGUACCAUCCUCUCCUUAGUAUGUGGGGGGGUGGGUACUUGGAUAGUGAUUUGCACACCAAAUCUCAGCUUUAUCCCUUUUCAUAACAUGGAAGAAAGUAAUUACCACAUUUCUCAUUUGGUAAUUGUACUGAGGGCCUCAGAUUUCUUCUAGUAUUUCUUCUGAUGAACAAUUAUGAUCUCUAUAAAAAAGUAAGAUUAAGUGUUGUUGAAUUUGCAGUUUUGUUUUUGUGUAAAAGAGCUACUUCAAAGUGUGGUUGCAAAAGAAACCCACGGAAAGGUGACUUCAUGCUCUUCUCAUGGAUUUGUGCUCCUCUGCGUUCCAAAUACGUAUUGAAGUUAUGCUUUAGUAUGGUGACUUCAGUUCUGUGAGAUAUUUUGGGAUCUAUACCAAUUAAAAUGUUCAGAGUUUUGCCUAUUGUCCUGUAAGGAUUCAUUGCUGCUUAAUGGCCAUUCUCUGCCUUUUAUAGUCACCUGAUAAUGACCCACCAUUUCUUGCUUGCUUGAAACCUUGCAGAAAAUGUUUCCUUUGUUUUGCUGUGUGGCUCAGGUGGGAUGUUUGUUGGCUCUAUUGUGCUCAUUCACCAAUUUGUACAUUGUUUGUUGUCCUUUACUACUGUAAACAGUAAAUAUAGUUUGGUAUUCUGUCUCUUGGCUUGUAUUUAAUACUGCAUUUGGAGGUUGGGGCAGACGUCACAGCUCAGUGUUUGUACUGACCAUUGGUGAGGCCACUUAGAAACUGAUGUAGAAGUGAGUCGCUGGAAGGCCAUAUACCCCGUGGCUCUGUUCCCUCUGCAGUGUUUCACCUGUGUGGGGCCAGCUUCUGCUGCCCUCACAGAGCCGUCCUAUCACCUGCUGACCUGAACCCGAACAUGACACCACUUCUCUUUCCUCUCCUGGGUUUCCUGUGUAAAGACAAGGUGAAUUUUGGAGGCAGCAUGUUAGUCUGGGGCAGCUCAACUUUUUUGCUCUUUGAAAAUAUUCUAGUUUUUCUUUAUGCAGUCGACAGCCUAUUCCUUACCUGCUUUGAAAAUGAACUAAUAAUUUGAUUUCGAGAAGUCUAUGAGACAAAACUAGGGUUGAUGAUGGGGGCAGUCCAUCAGCUGAAUAAGCACAAGGUGACAGAGCAUUUGAUUCAGCAGCAGUAUGUGGAUUAAAGCAGUGAGGAGACAGCCAUUUGUCAGACCCCCUAAAAUGGUUGGGGUGGAAGGGUAGGAGUGGUGGUUAAAAUCCAGCAUGAGUCCCUAAGCAGAGGGAGUUUUUUCAUAGUCAGGUGCCUUGGGUUAGCUGCAUAGUCAUCUGGAUACGUUAGAACUUUGCAUGUCCCCCACAACACCCAACAGCAGGAUGUCCUUCACCCUUGAAACUUGUGCAAGUGAAUUUGGAAUAAUCUGUUGGUAUUACUAUUUUUAAAAGUAUUAAAUUACAUGAACCUAAUACCUCAAAUCUUUGGGUUCAGUGGGUGCCUCAGGAGGGUAGGCUUCCUUACUCCCUCAUCUGUGCCGAGGGCCUCAGUCAGAACGUUCCCUGGUUGAGCCCUGAAGUUGAAGCCUUGGGAGCCCCUGAGCCCCAGCACGGCGCUGCCCACCUAUGCUGGUCCUCAUGCUUCAGAACUUCUGCCAGGCUGAAGUCAACUCAUCUUACUCUGCACGUCUCAGGAAAGCCACUGUCACACACCUACUACUCAGAGCGCUGAAGCUGAACCAAGUGACUCAUGUCGAGUUGUCACAAGUGCAGGAUGCUCAAAAUACGGAAGUGAACAGCAGCUCAGGAGAAUGUGUGAGGGAGCUCCGGUCUCUGCAGGUCUGAGGCCUGAAGUCAUCUCGAUCGGCGUAAACCACAUUUCUGAAGGUGACAGGAGAACGCGGGGUUCCACGAGUAGGAAACGGCGUGCGGAAGCCGCCGGCAUCCAGAUGAGGAUGGUCCGGACCUCCUGCCUCCCUGCGCAAACCAAAGCCCGGCCAUUCUUACAGCGCCCGAGGUCACGCACUUCCGCCCUCAGCGGGCCGCGUCCAGGCGCAGUCCGGAAGUAGGCGCGGACCCCUGGCCCUCGCUCGGGAGGCGCUCCGGGUAGAGGAGA